AACUUAAGUAAUUUACUUAAGUUUUCAAGGCAAUAAAAAUAAAGAUUUUAUAUUUUUAAAGGUAUUUUUUCUGGAUUGCUCAACUACAAGCUUGAUUCUCACUGUUUUUACUACUGUUUUUAGUCUGUAGAUUCUCUAAACUGUUUUUUUCAAAACAAAAAGAAAUAGUAAUCAACUAAACUUUUAGUCUAAAGUUUACAAAAUGGAAAUGUGCUGUGAUUUUAAAAAUCUACGUGAAAUGGUGGUUCAAUCUAUAAGUCAAGAAUCUACCAAAGUGUUGUCUGAAAUAGCAACCUGCAAGAAUAUUUUGGAUUUUCUGAAUAUAAAUGAUGGCAUUAUUUCUUUCAAAUAUCCUGAUUUUGUGUUAACCAAUAGCCAUUUUCUACAAAUUUGCAAAGACAAAAAUAAACAUAACAUAACAUUAGAAAAUCUUUCAUUAUUUUUUACAACCUACUGUAAGUAUAAUAUCUCUAGAGUGAUGCUUAUAAGGAUUUUAAAAAAGUUAAAAGGUUACAUUGUAAAAUUAAAUCGAGCCAAAAAUUUGGACUUUAAAAAACAUUUUUUAAGCUCUGCUUUAUCUUUUAAUGGUGCUUUUUCUGAUGUUGUUGGUUUGUUACCUUCUGAUGCUUGUUCUACCCCUACUUGUAUCUACAAUAGUGAAAUUGUUCCAAAUCAAGUUACUGUUUUUGUAUCUUCUGAUUUAAAUUUGCAAAUUACUAAUGAUGAAUUGUCGUGUCCUGUUACCCCAACUUCUAUUAUAUACAUCCCUUUAGAAAAUAGGUCUGAAAAAUUUCUUACUGAAACACGUUUUAGUGAAGAGAAUCUUCCAGUUUUCAAUUUAGAUAAAAAAAACUACCUUUAUUUUCUGGUGAUUUGACCUAUCAAAUAAAAAGAUACAAACGGAGAAUUAAUCACCUUAAAUUGCAAAAUAGACAAGUUAAUAGAAGAUGUUAUGAAUAUAAAAGAAAAUAUUAAGCAAUCUUGUCAAAAUAUAAUGUUCAAAAUGUCAACAAAAGAGACGUUAGAAAAGAUUGUAAGAUUAACCAAUUGUUGCAAAUAAAUUUAAGAUUAGAAAAAGAAAUUGAUUUGGCUAGAAAGCAUUCCCAAUCAGAUUGACAAAAGGCUUGGUAUUUAAAGAAAAAAAUUGAAAACACUAUUUUGAAAACAUCUGAUGAAACAAAUGAUUCAUUCUUAAAGGAGAGUUUGAAUUACUUUGAAAAUCUUACAGAAGAGCUGAAGGAAAGAGUUGGCAUUUUUGAAAAAAAUGUUAUUAACGUUUAUGAUGGAGGUAGAUAUAAUGAUGAAAUUCACUUGGUAUAUUACGACCUUUUAAGUAAAAAUGUUUCUGUUAAUAAUGUUAAAUCUGUUAUCAAAACUGUACUACAAAAAAUGGCUGGAAUUUCAUGUGGCACACUUCCAAAAAAAUCUUUGGCUUCUGAAUUUUUUAGUGAAAUGAACCUUUUAGCAAAAGCUCAAGUGAGAGAAGCUAUGUUGAAUAGUACAAACAAUGUUCUUCAUACAGAUGGCACAAAAUAUAAUUUUAGAGAGGUUGGUAGUUUUCAAGUCACAACAUCAUCUGGUAACUACACGUUUGGGAUAGAAGAUAUGUUUUCGGGAGAGGCACAAUCUUAUUUUGGAGAGCUAAAAAACUUACUCACUGAUAUGUCUAAGGUAUUUUCUCCUGACAAGGAAAACUACGAGAAUGAUCUUAGGAAACUUAUUUUUUCUUUCAAAUCUUUGAUGACAGAUCGCACUAUCGUUAAUUCAAGUUUUUUUCACCAAUUUAAACAUUGGAGAGAAGCAAUUUUGCCUUUUGUUGUUGAAAACUAUGAUCAGCUUCCUUUAAAUGAAAAAUUAAAAAUUUCUCAAAUGCAUCAUGUUUUUUGUGGCUUACACGUUAUCCACAAUCUAGGAAUAUAUGCAGAAAAAGCAAUAGAAUGGGAAAAAGUGGUUGAGCAGGAAGGUAGUAUUCAUGGUGGUUUUAAAAGUUCUCAAAACUCUCGCACCUUUGAUAUUUUGUAUGAACUUUCAAAACUUACAAGCUAUCGGCAUGGUGAUCAGCGAAAUGGAAAAUAUUAAUAUUAUAUUUGUACUUGGUGGAGCAACGUAUUAUCAUAAAGACCACCUUAAAGAAUUUGUUUUCAAUCUUGGUGGUUCAAAUUUUCUUCAUGAGUCAAUUAGGCAUGAUAUUGACUAAAUCAUUUUUCAUGCUUCAACUAGAGCUCUGGGAAUUUUUAAUAAAUUGAUAUCAGGACCUCUUUUUCGUAUUAUUGAAGAGGAGGGUCAUAUUUUUUCUUUAAAUACCAUUUGGUUGCAAAUGUUCAAUUAUUUUGUUUCUUGUUCUUCUGAUGCAUCAAAAAUGUUAAGUGGUUCUACAUUUUUUGAUGUAAAAUAUCUCACCAAGGAUGAAGUGUUUGAUCAUUUAUUUUCUAAUUGUAAUGACCUACUUUUGGAUGCCUUAACACAAGAAUGUCUUGAAGUUAUAUGUUGCACAUGUUCAGUUAUGAUUCAGAGUCAGUUAAGAGAUCAAUUGCCUGGAGGAAAAUAUUACAAUCCGGGUGAUGAUGUGCUUGAAGAAACUCAAAACUGCCCACGUACUAAUGUUGUGUCUGAACGUGACUUUGCUUCCUAUGACCGCAGGUUAAAAAUGAAACCUAACAUGACAACAGUAGCUGCAGCUGGUGUGAUCAUGUUUAACAACAACAAAACAGCUGAUUGGAUAGAUGGAAAAUCACAGAAAGAAAUUGAAAGGCUAGUUAUAUUAGCAAGGCGAAAUAGAAAAGGGUAUAUAAGAAAGUACAGAGAGAAAAAAGCAAAUAUAUUGCAGUACAAAAUUGAUGAGAUGGACAAGCGCAACUUAGAAAAGGAAAUAAAAGGCAAGCAAAGAGAAAGAGUUUUUGACAACAGAAAUCGGAAAGGAUAGUGGUUUAAUUUUGUGUGAAGAGGAUUUUGAAAAAAUUCUAGGAACUGAAAAUGAAAUUGUAAUGAAGUUGCAAAGACAAAUUAAAUUUCGAAAAAAAGUAUUACAGCAAAAAUUUCCAGAAAAGUGGUUACAAUUAGGAGAAAAGGCAAAAAGGGAGUAUUACAUAAAUUUGGUAUUGAUAAAUUAAAAACCAAUCUAAUAUCAAUUCUUAAAUUUUUAAAAGACGUUCCUGAACAACGCGCAACUGCAAUAAAAUGUUCAGUUAUCAGACAGAUUAAUGAAAGACAAGAAAUGUUGUUAACAUUAAAAAAAAAGUCAGAUUAGAGGGUGACGCUAGGUUAAUUAUGGAAACUGGAAGUAAAAUAAGAACAGGCACAAAAAAAGGAAGGGGUUCCAAAGUUUUUAGGAAAAAGAAUAAAACAUAAAAUGGUAGAUAAUGAUGGCAAGGAUGUAUGGUAUUCAGGGCUCGUGGUUAGUGUUCUAGACGACAAUGAAUUUGAUGAAGAGUGUGAGUUUCAGAUACUAUAUGAUGGAUAUGAAGAUAAGUAUGAUAUUGAGUUGGUCAAAGAGUGGAGGAUGAAAUGUGUUGUGGUAGAGGGAAAAGCUGAUGGUUAUGUGGAGGGUGAAGUUUGUAAAAAACAAAAAUGCAGUUAAUAUCAUUUUUGACACAAUGGGGAUUUAAUUUAUUGUAUUUAUGUUUGUUAUUAUUCUUAUUAUUAAUAAUAUUAUUGUUGUUAUUAUUUUUAUUGUCAUUCAAUUUAAUGUGUUCUUGUUUGUGUUCUGUUUGGUCAUCUGGAGCGGUGUUGGCGCACCGACAAUUCUUUAUAUGUAUAUUUGUUUUCUAUUGGACAUCUGCCGUCAUGGUGACAUACCCGUAAGUCAUGCUUUCUUUUUUUGUGCUGACAUACCUGUCAAUAUAUGUAUCCUUGUGUUUACAUUUUUUUGUGUUUGCAUGUAUGUUUUUGUGUCUGCA